AUGGCCUAUUUUUAUUCCCUGUUUAUUUUGUUCCAGAAUGAAAAAGCUGCACUGAACGGGGAUGAUACACCAAAAGUGCUUGUGGUUGCUGACGAGUCCCGACGUGAACCCCUACAAUCCGAAAUUGUUCCGGACCCAAUGGAUGCUGAACAGACAUGGCCUGAUGAAUUCGACCUUGCUGAUGAUGCUAAAAUGAAAAAUGAGGCUGGCGUUCGCAAAGUACCAAAAGGAACUUCGUCAUAUCAAGCCGCGUGGAUUGUUGAUGAUGACGAUGGUGAAUCGGCCAGUGACGAUGAGGACAGCGCUGAUGAUGAAGAUGAAGAGCACGGGAAUGAGAUGGAGAUGGAAGUGGCUCCUGAAGAAAGUGAAGGUGAAGGUCCUCAUAUGGAAGAAAUGGAAGAUAUGAUGUCAGAAGUUAAUGAUGACGAUGAAGCUGACGAUCUCGACGAAGUGGAAAAGUAUCGUCGCGAAAGAGAGAAUGCACAAUUUCCCGAUGAAAUCGAUACGCCUUUGAACGACCUUGCUAGAAUUCGUUUUCAGAAAUAUCGUGGCUUGAAAAGUUUCAGGACGUCUCCGUGGGACCCCAAAGAAAAUCUCCCGUCAGAUUACGCCCGUAUAUUCCAAUUCCAAAACUACAAAAAGACCAGGAAGACUGUACUCAGCGAAAUUGGGGAUUAUGAUCCGACGUCAUGCGUUUUCUCUGGGCAAUAUGUGACGUUGCAGAUUGAUCGGGUUCCGAUCACACUUGCUCAGCAAUGGGAUCCAUCUGCUCCUUUGAUUCUGUAUCAACUUUUGCCUCACGAACAACGCAUGUCUGUUCUGAAUUUCGUGAUCCGGAAACAUCCUUCCUGCAGGGUUCCAAUCAUGAGCAAACAGAAACUGAUCUUUAGUGUUGGAUUCCGUAAAUUUGAAGCAUCUCCUGUUUUCAGCCAGCACACAAAUGGGAACAAGUUCAAGAUGGAACGUUAUUUGCCUGCGAAUGCGUGUUGUGUUGCUUCGGUUUUCGCCCCAAUCACUUUUCCUCCUGCCUCAGUCUUGGUGUUCCGCGAGGGAAAAGCAGGCAAAGAGGAGCUGGUUGCCACGGGCUCGUUGCUGGAUAUUAAUCCUGACAGGAUAGUGUUGAAACGAAUUGUGCUGUCAGGUCACCCAUUCAAGAUCAACAAACGUUCUGUGGUUUGCCGCUACAUGUUUUUUAAUAGGGAGGAUAUCGAGUGGUUCAAACCAGUGGAAUUGUAUACGCCUAGUGGCCGUCGCGGGCACAUAAAAGAGGCCUUAGGUACUCACGGUCACAUGAAAUGCCGAUUUGAUCAGCAACUGAACGCUGCUGAUUCUGUUAUGAUGUCCUUAUAUAAAAGAGUGUUCCCCAAGUGGACCUAUAAUCCGAGUAGGACCGAUUUUGAAAGUAAAGGCUGGCUGUGCGACAAGAAAGCGAAGGCCAACAUGGACGGAUGA